AAAAAAAUGUCUAACUACAUAACACGUCUAGGGUUAACGAAUUCCGUAAGCUGAUGAAAUCCCACGACGCCCCUGGCAAUCAGCUGUUACGCGGUUGUUGUGGGUGUGGAACAGGCGAGCACCGAAUAGCGGACAAGAAACGAAAGUAACAACGGUAAUUAGAGAGCUCCGUUAGACUUUAACCGCACUGAUCGUUGGAACAUAAAACCGCACAAUAAUCCGCCAUGUCCUCCUCCUCUACAUCGAGUCCGACGGACAAUAGCUCCCACGGAUCUGUGGCGCUAUCCUCAGCUCUAAAUCCGUCAUUAAACCCGGUCUCCGGGACAAAUACGAGUAGUCAGAAGCCAUUUUCCCUCUCCGAGCGCCUGAACUUUGAAAUAUACCGUUAUUCCAGCUAUUCUCCGAACUAUCUACCAGAAAACGUCCUGGUGGACUGUCCCAACGAUCAAACUUCCAGGUGGUCCGCAUACACCAACAGCCCGCCGCAAUUUCUAACCUUGAAGCUUCGCCGUCCCGCCAUUGUGAAGAAAAUCAAGUUUGGCAAGUUCGAAAAGUCGCAUGUGUGCAAUAUCAAGAAGUUCCGUGUUUACGGGGGUUUGGAGGAUGAGCACAUGGUCUUGCUGCUUGAAGGUGGCCUAAAGAACGACAACAUACCGGAAGUAUUCAACUUACGCUGCCUCACCGAAGACGGUUCAGAAAACCUGCCAAUACUUUACCUCAAGAUCGUACCCCUGCUCUCCUGGGGUCCGUCCUUCAACUUCAGCAUCUGGUACGUCGAGCUGCACGGCCAGGACGACCCCAUGUACACCAGUGCUCGCAUGAAGAACUACAACUCGCUGCGCGAGGUUGAGAUCAUAAAGCUGUGCCUUAAGCACUUCCGCCAGCAGGGUUACAUGAGUGCCUUCGGGGCGCUCCAGGAGCAGACAAAUGUUCAACUGGAGCACCCACUGAUCAGCGAGCUCCACAAGUGUCUGGUUUUGCAGGGAGACUUUGAGAAGGCUGAGCGGUUUAUAGCCGAAUGUAUCGAUGAAGGUCUAAUGGAUGAGUAUUUGCACAAGCAGGACUACAAGCACAGCUGGCAUAUGAAGCCUACUGAAAGCGAGUUAAAGCCUGGCAAUCGCGGUGGUCAUCAGCUAGUGGUGGAUGCCAAAAAAAGACUUAUAUAUCUUUACGGCGGUUGGGAUGGCUUCCAGGAUCUGAGUGACCUUUGGGUAUUCAACAUCGACGAUGAUCAGUGGUCGCUACUGUGCGAAAGAUCCGAGCUUUCCAAUGGACCCACACCCCGAUCCUGCCACAAAAUGGUCUUCGAUCCUAUCAGCGAAAAUGUAUUUAUGCUUGGUCGUUACCUGGACAACUCUAUACGAACGUCAGAUUAUAUAAAGAGCGACUUUUAUCUGUACGAUACGAGAGCUGGAAACUGGAUGCAGAUAUGCGAUGACACCAGUCAAGUGGGUGGUCCACAACUUGUAUACGAUCACCAAAUGUGCAUGGAUGCCGAUAAGCGUACAAUUUAUGUUUUUGGAGGGAAAAUACUCACGCCUCGAAGUGUCAAUGCCACGGGCGCGAUAGAACCGGAGUAUUCGGGGCUGUUUUCCUAUCACAUAGCAACGAAUACCUGGGCACAGAUACUGGUUGAUUGUCACCAUGCCAGCGCAUCUCUGGCAGAUGUGAUGUCCAUUAAGUCCAGGAUUACACAUUGCAUGGUGUUUCAUAACAAACAUCGAAAGCUCUACAUUUAUGGCGGCCAACGGGGCAAAGAGGAUCUGGACGAGUUUCUCAGCUAUGAUGUAGACACCCAAGCCAUAUCGGUGCUGAAUAAGGAGCAUCCGCAUCAAGGUACUUCUGCUGGCAACGAAGCCAAAUUCGAACCCUCUUCGGGGUACACUUUACGUGCCACCAUCGACUGUGAACGAGAUGAGAUCUAUAUAUUUUCUAGCCUGAGUAAAGUCAAGGAUCGUCGAGAUAUACAGCAUAUUGAUGCAUCAAACUCAUUUUGGGUUUAUUCCCUGCGCAGUCAUAAAUGGUCAAGGAUAUACUACUGUCGGCACAGUGGCCAGGAUGCAAACUCCAUUAACAGAAUGAACAUUUUGGGAGCUAGCAAAGGCGAUGGUUCAUUAGAACCUUGUCCUCGUUAUGCCCACCAGUUGGUGUACGAUGACUUUGCUAAUACUCAUUAUUUGUUUGGAGGAAAUCCUGGAAUCUGCCAGCAACAGCAACUGAGACUUGAUGAUUUCUGGCUGCUGCGGUUGGAAAAGCCAAAACGAGAUGAGAUUCUAAAACAUUGUCGGUUUUUGGUGCGUAAACUACGCUAUGAAGAGAUGACGCGCCAGGAUCCCUUAAAGGCAAUGCAGUAUUUGCGGCAUCACAUUGCCGCUGUGAUUGAUCAUAGCGAUUCGGAGCAGUUGAAUAAUUUCCAUAAACUUGCUUCCUUGCUCUUUAAAAAUCAUGAUAGUAGCCUCGAAAGAGAGUGUACGACACCAGCGUUGUCCGCUGAUGCUGAAGAUCUCGAAACGGAUCCCGAUGUGUCGGCCAAAAUAAAAGAUGAAGUGGCUGAUGGCCCCGCCACUGAGAAUCUUUCGUUGGAAUCGAAUGAAAGCCUGAUAUCUUCCGGCAUCUCGGAGACCGCGUCCAGCCCCAGCUCUUCGUCAUGCACCAAAAGAGCCCGCACGGAGUGUACUCCAGAACUGAAGAACAAACGUGCUUUCUUGUUUAACAAACUGGUGCAACUGAUGCCACCGAGCAUGGUCCAACCGGAACGCAACCUCAGCGACUUUGUGGUCAUGUGAACGCCCAAGUGCCAAAAAACUGAUUUAAAGAACCCCCAUCCACGAUUAAAUUUAGCUUAUUAAGAGUGCGUGCGAGUUCGUUUUUUAACUGUUGAAUAAUGUGAUGUUUAUUUUGAUUGUUUGCCAAUUCUAGGUUCGUUGGCCAAUGCAAAGCAUGACAUGAAUAUGAUUUGUGAUAGUUAAUUUGUACUGAAAAAAUAGCUGAAAUCAGCUUGAUUCAUAGUUAUUGCACUUAAGACAAAAUAAGAAGAGUUUGUGAAACGUGUUAAAAUUAAACGAUUGUGUAUGUAAUUAUAAGUUUGAAAUAAAAAACAGUUUUGUAACGUCCAAA